CAUGUGUUUUCGUGUAUUAUAUAAUAUUUCAGAUUGCUGGGUGUGGUGGUGACACAUAACGAGGCCGCAAGGCUUCAAAAUGUAUCGUGUAGGCCAACUCACAUUACAGUGCCAGUCUGUAAGAUAAUCUAAUGAACAGCACGCACCACCCACACUCCAGCAGCACCACACCCUGCUAAAGCAGCUCCAUCAUCACAGGUGUCUCAUGACAUAGUUUGUGAUCAGCGAUGAACUGGUCAGGACUUGAGAGCCUUCUUAGCGGGGUCAACAAAUACUCUACAGUGUUCGGUCGAGUGUGGCUGUCCAUGGUGUUUGUGUUUCGGGUUCUGGUGUUUGUGGUGGCGGCUCAACGCGUUUGGGGCGACGAGAGCAAAGACUUUGUGUGCAACACCAAGCAGCCCGGCUGCAACAACGUCUGCUACGACAGCGCGUUCCCCAUCUCUCACAUCCGUCUGUGGGCCUUGCAGCUCAUCUUUGUCACAUGUCCGUCACUCUUGGUCAUGGCCCACGUCAAAUACAGAGAGGAAAAAGACAAGAGGUACACGGCCCUCCACGAGGGCACCCAUUUAUACGCCAACCCUGGGAAAAAGCGCGGGGGUCUUUGGUGGACUUACCUGUUGAGCUUGAUCUUUAAAGCCACGGUUGAUGCUGCAUUUCUCUACAUCCUUCAUCACAUGUAUAACGGCUAUGAUCUCCCUCGCCUCACCAAGUGCUCGCUGGAUCCUUGUCCGAAUACGGUGGAUUGUUUCAUCUCCCGUCCCACGGAGAAGAAAAUCUUUACCCUCUUCAUGGUGGUUUCCUCUGCUCUCUGCAUUUUUAUGUGCAUCUGCGAAAUGAUAUAUCUCAUCGGAAAGCGUAUAUUAAAAAACUGUAUGAUGCGAGAAGCGCCACCACCACGGUCGAAAAGACCCGACCCAACGCUUUCCAGCAGCCAGAACUUGAGCUCACAAAAACUGAGAGACACCUCAAUGGACAAAACUGCUAUUUAACGACAGCAGCGUGUGUUGCCAAACCUUUACAGCCUCAGGGAGUUUGGGAUAUGGAAUAAAAAGCCCUCUUUCUCUGUCAUCCAAAAUUGUAGCAAACAAAUGCAAAUGCAAAUUGAUAAAUGGAAAUAAAUUAGCAUCUUUGAACGAUGACUAGUUAGUAAAGACCUCAUGUCACUUUUAAACACACUAUAUUAUUUUUAGUAUAAGUGUUUUUGUUUUUAUUAUUAUGAAAAAAGCAGCAUAAGCUGGUUAGGUAUGUUUUGAAGCUGGAAUGCUGGUUUAAGCUGGUCUUUUGCUGGUUUAUGCUUGUUCUUUGCUAUAUGUGUUAGUUUUUGUUUUUUUAGAGUAUGCACUUUAGAAUGAACUUUAAAAGCAUAAUGUAUUUCAAAAUAGGAAAAAAAAGAUUUUUGUGAGCUGAGCUUGGCUCUAAAUACUUUGCAAUCUAUGUCAGAUGGCUUCAUGCAAAUGUGCUGUCAACCUCAAAAUUUACAUGUCUCCAAUAGCACCAUGCAUUUUAAAGUUAGUGUUUUUUUUUUUUAUUUGUAUUCGGUGUACAUGCAUAUCAAACGAACAUAUCAAUUAAAAACUAAUUUAAUGCA